CCGGGCGGGACGGGGCGAGAAGGAGAAGCUCCGCAAGUCCUACCUGUUCCAGAGCAAUGCUGCCCUCUUCGAGGCCGUGGAGCUGCAGGACCUAGACAGGGUCCAGGAGCUGCUGAAGCAGUACAGCCCCGAGGAGCUGGACCUCAACACUCCCAACAGCGAGGGGCUACUGCCCCUGGACAUCGCCAUCAUGACCAACAAUGCUCCCAUCGCCAGGGUCCUGCUGCAGGCGGGAGCAAAGGAGAGCCCACACUUCGUGAGCCUGGAGAGCCGCUCGCUGCACCUCUCCACACUGGUGCGGGAAGCGGAGCAGCGCGUCAACGAGCUGACGGCGCAGGUGGUGAAUGAGGCACCCAACGCCGACUGCUCUGAGAAGGAGAAGCAGCUCAAGGCCUGGGAGUGGCGAUACCGGCUUUACAAGCGCAUGAAGGCGGGGUUCGAGCAUGCUCGAGUGCCGGACGCUCCCACCAACGUCCACCUCUCCGUGGCCAGCAGCUCCUCGGUGCAGGUGACCUUCUGGGAGCCCCUGAGCGUUAAUUCGGCUGUUGUCACCAAGUAUAAAGUGGAGUGGAGCUGCUCCCCCACCUUCUCGCCGCCGCUGGGGGAGGCCGUGAUCGACAAGCUGAAGAACCUGCACUUCACCAUCCGGGGGCUGGUGUCGGGCACAGCUUACUAUGUCCAGGUGUCCGCCUACAACAUGAAGGGCUGGGGUCCCCCGCAAGCCUCCGUGCCCCCUUUCGCCAUCCCUUCCAACUGGCGGGAGUACGAUGGCCGGGCUCCACGGCGAAGGGGACAAACUGAAGCUCUGGACCAUCUUCUGGGCCAGGUGAAGACUGUCCACCAGCACUGCGUUUGCCAUGAGCCCUGCAAGAACCAGCCCCAGAGCAGGAAACAUUCAGUCUCCAAGAGCCUCAAGCACCUCUUCCACCCCGGCAGCAAGUUUCUCAAGACACUGAAGCGGGGCCUCUACCUGACAGCCAUCUUCUACAAGGACGACAACAUCCUGGUGACCCAUGAAGACCAGAUCCCUGUGGUGGAGAUUGAUGACACCUACUCCUGCCUGCUCAUGCAGGAUUUUCUCUGGUUCACCAAGGUGUCGUGCAUGUGGGACGAGAUCCUGUGGCUGCGGCAGUGUGUCACUGUCUCCCAGUCGUCCUGUUCCUGCAUCCUGCAGACACGCUUCAAGAUGCUGCUGGCCAUCUCGCAAAUGCAGGGGCUGCUGGGCAUCCAGGACCUGGGGCAGGUCUUCUUCGAGCCUGUCAAAGACAAACAGGGCAACAUCCUCAUCGUCACCCUGAAGGAAGUGAAGACCAACCAGACCUUUGAGAGCGUCCGCUGGGUUCCCAUCUGCAAGCUGCAGACCAGCCGCAAGUCCGUGUCCUCCCCGGAGGAGCCCACCGCUCUGGACACGCUGCUGAUCUCUGUCCAGGACAAGCUGGCUUACCACCAGCGGAGCAGCCAUGCCCUCUCCCCGGGCCUCUACCUGGGCUACUUGAAGCUCUGCAGCGCCGUGGAUCAGAUCCGAGUGCUGGUGCCGGAGCGGCUCCCCAACAUCCUGUGCCACGUCAAGAUUCGCUCCAACCCCAACAUCUCCAGGGAGGAGUGGGAAUGGCUGCAGAAGAUGGUCAGUGUGGAGGAGCCCAUUCCUGUGGAGCCAGAGGCUGAGACCUCCCAGAACCACUUGUUUCAGGAGCUCCAAGUGGCCAUCAAGGAGCUGAUGACCCUGGUCAACAUCCCAUUGCAAGAGGCCAAAGAUUUCCGUCUGUACAGCCAAGAGGUGCUGGACUUUGGGGGCCAGGUCUCCUUCCUGCUGCUGCUGCCUCCGUCAGACGACGUCUGCACUGCUCCGGGCCAGAACAACCCCUACACCCCUUGCUCUGGCUUCCUCACACUGCCGCUGCAGAUCUUCGAACUAGUCCACUUCUUCACGUACGACCGGGAGUUCAUCACCCAGUACUGCCAGGUGUCCGCCCUCCUGGAGCUGGAGUCGCUCCUCUCUCAGCAGAGCCUCAGGGAGGCCUUCUCUGAUGCCGAGCUCUCCACCGCGAAGCAGAGGCACCAGCAGGUUCAGGAGUACAUUCAGCAAAUGGAGGAGAUCUGGCGUGAGAUGCGCUGGAUUAUGGAUGCCCUGCAACACGCCCGGUACAAGCAGCCCUCCUGCGGGGUGUCUCUCAGUGGCUUCCUCAGCGAGGCCAGCGGUGCAAUGAAGGAGAAAACCCAAUCCACCUCGUCCCACCUCGACUACCUUCCCUCCCCGGCGCCCUCGCCAGAGACAAGCCGUAAGCUCAACUCCGACUCACAUGGGCUGUCGGACGAGGAGGGCUCCUCGGAGGUGUUCCUGGCCACCGACAGCGACUACGACUCCAGCAGAGCCCAGAGCCCGAAGGAGCUCGACCUGGUGUACUCCUCCUCAGGGCCCGAAUGCUGCAGCAGGAGAGUCGCCCGCACCCUCCGGGACAGCGCCCCGGACGUCCUGCAGACGCACGACCUCAAGACCCCACCGCCACCGCCACCACCGCCGGAGGAGCCCCGGCCGCACCCAGAGCUCUACGACAGCGACUUUCUGCACAUCACCAGCCAGACGUCCGCCGGGGAGGUGGUGAAGCUGGUGGUGCUUGAGAUGAAUGAUGUCUCCCGCGGCGUGCUGGGCGGCUCGGCCGCCUUCUGCUACAGCGAGGAGCAGCUGGAACACUUCGGACUGGUGUUCACCUCCGACGAGAGCGAGCAGUGGCUUCCCGAUGACUUCUUGCCUCUGUCCCUCCAAACUACCCGUCCUGAAGGGCGGUUCUUCGUCCGGAUCAAGGAGACAUCCCCUCUGGUGCUCCAGUACGGGCCAGCGACCACCGUAUGA